ACCGUUGAGUCAAAGAGAUAUUCUGACACUGCGCAAAGCGCAGGUUCGACUGUAAAUCGCCUCUAUUUCUGUAGACGUCGAGCGCGUGUGCCAGAGACCGUUCAGUGUGGCUUAGACUUCAGCCGGACGGAGUCUGGGCUAUAUCUCGUUUUCGGUGAGCGACAUAAAAUAACCAGAAAUACUUGCCGGAACAUUGAAGGGUUAUCUUAGGGAAAUAAACGCAAAAAAGGGAAGACUUAAUAUAUGAUAAAAAUUAUCAUGACGUAAAAAAUGUUCCGAGAAACUGAUGAUAAUUCCUGAAGAUAUUAGUAUCGACCACACGAUGAAGAUUGUUAGGGUUUGAACUCGAACGAAAACUUACAUAGCAGAAGAAAAUACCAUAGUUUUGAAACUCCUCAUUGAGCAAGUCAUAAAAUUCAUAAACCGGUCUAGACAGUCUUGAUAAGGAAAUCCAUUUCGUGAAGAUAGAGUGUAGAAGAGGAUUUUUUUAAGGGUUUUUAUACAAUUCGGCUAAAAAUAGAAAGAGUGAUAAUAUUGUAAACUUAAUAAAGAUAAGUAACAACUGACAAAAUGCAUUCCAUACGUGCUCACCGGGCGCUAAACAAGCAUAAAACUGUGUUACAAAUAUGGAAGAUCGUCGCGAAAGGCUUCGGCACAAAUGUGGAAUACAAACCAAUCAGAAGUGUCCUCGUAGCCAAUCGAGGAGAAAUUGCUGUUCGUGUAUUUCGUGCUUGUACGGAACUUGGCAUUCGCUCCGUGGCAAUUUAUUCGGAGCAGGAUAAGAUGCAGAUGCACCGUCAGAAAGCAGAUGAGGGCUAUUUAGUGGGCAAAGGGUUACCGCCCGUUCAAGCCUACCUGAAUAUUCCUGAGAUUAUUCAAGUAGCCAAAGAAAACAAUGUCGACGCCAUACAUCCUGGUUAUGGAUUCCUUUCUGAGAGAGCAGACUUUGCUCGCGCGGUCACUGAUGCUGGCAUCAGAUUCAUCGGACCUAGUCCUAAAGUCGUCCAACAAAUGGGAGACAAGGUAGCUGCUAGGCAAGCUGCGAUUGAAGCCGGAGUGCCCAUCGUUCCGGGAACGGAUGGACCGGUAACAAGUUCUGAAGAGGCGAUGGAGUUUUGCAAGAAGCAUGGUCUUCCGGUUAUCUUCAAAGCAGCAUACGGGGGUGGUGGACGAGGUAUGAGAGUCGUAAGACAAAUGGAAGAAGUCCGUGAGAUGUUCGAUCGUGCAUCUUCCGAAGCGGCGGCUGCUUUUGGAAAUGGCGCGAUGUUCAUCGAGAAAUUCAUUGAGAGACCGCGUCACAUUGAAGUUCAAUUACUUGGGGACCACGCUGGCAAUGUUGUACAUUUAUACGAACGCGACUGUUCUGUGCAGCGUCGUCACCAAAAGGUCGUCGAGAUUGCGCCAGCUCCAGCAUUGUCGUCCAAGAUUCGUGAGAAAAUGACGGAAUACGCCGUCAAGUUGGCCAAACACGUUGGCUAUGCGAACGCCGGCACUGUGGAAUUCUUGGUUGAUGAGUCUGGAAAUUUCUAUUUUAUCGAAGUCAAUGCCAGAUUACAAGUUGAGCACACGGUAACCGAGGAAAUAACGGGAAUCGAUCUCGUGCAAUCUCAAAUACGGAUCGCCGAGGGCCUAACACUACCGGAGCUCGGUAUGACGCAAGAAAAAAUUAUACCUCAAGGAUUCGCGAUUCAGUGCCGAGUGACCACGGAGGAUCCGGCUAAGAACUUCCAGCCGGAUACUGGAAGAAUAGAAGUUUUCCGUUCCGGUGAGGGUAUGGGCAUCCGAUUGGACGGAGCUUCUGCAUUCGCCGGUGCUAUAAUAUCACCGUAUUACGACUCGCUUCUUGUUAAGGUAAUCGCCCACGCCGGCGACCUUCAAUCAUGCUGCGCCAAGAUGAAUCGAGCCCUCCGCGAGUUCCGCGUGCGCGGCGUAAAGACGAAUAUACCUUUUCUACUAAAUGUCCUGGAGAAUCAAAAGUUCCUCAACGGUAUUGUCGACACAUACUUCAUCGACGAAAAUCCGCAGCUCUUUCAGUUACAGCCGAGCCAGAAUCGAGCGCAGAAACUGCUCAAUUACAUCGGUACCGUCCUGGUGAACGGCCCGAGUACGCCAUUGGCUACUCAGCUGAAGCCAGCGGACAUCAAACCGCAUAUUCCGCAGAUUGCCCUAGACUUUGCUAAGCUUGCAGCUGCAGAAGAGACCAAUGAUCCCGACGCACCAGAAAUGUUGGAUCCUCCGAAAGGAUUCCGACAUAUUUAUAAAGAGCAAGGUCCGGAGGCUUUCGCCAAGACUAUUAGACAGCACAAAGGUCUCCUUUUGAUGGACACUACGUUCCGUGACGCUCAUCAAUCCCUUUUGGCGACUCGGGUACGAUCACACGAUUUAUUGAUGAUCGCCCCAUUCGUUGCUCACAAAUUCAGCAAUCUCUAUUCGCUGGAGAACUGGGGCGGCGCGACUUUUGACGUGGCCUUAAGGUUCCUUCACGAGUGUCCUUGGGAACGGCUGGAAGAUAUGCGCAAGGCCAUCCCUAAUAUUCCAUUCCAAAUGCUGCUGAGAGGCGCUAACGCUGUCGGUUACACCAACUAUCCCGAUAACGUCGUCUUCAAGUUCUGCGAGCUGGCUGUGAAGACCGGCAUGGACAUCUUCAGAGUAUUCGACUCGCUCAAUUACGUGCCGAAUCUUAUCGUCGGUAUGGAAGCUGCCGGGAAUGCCGGGGGUAUCGUCGAAGCAGCGAUCUCCUACACGGGUGAUGUAAGCGACCCGAAUCGCACCAAGUACAAUCUCAAGUAUUACACCGACUUGGCGGAUGAGCUGGUCAAAGCGGGCACUCAUGUCCUGGCGAUCAAAGACAUGGCUGGACUGCUCAAGCCGAAAGCAGCCGAAAUGUUGAUCGAUGCGAUCAGGCAGAAGCAUCCGGAUGUGCCUCUUCAUAUACACACGCACGAUACUGCUGGGGCCGGAGUAGCCUCUAUGCUGGCCUGUGCGAAGAGCGGUGCCGACGUCGUGGACGUUGCCGUCGACAGCAUGUCCGGCAUGACCAGCCAGCCUUCUAUGGGCGCCGUUGUCGCCUCUCUUCAGGAAACGGACAUUGAUACGGAAUUAAAUCUCCCCGAUGUCUCCGAGUAUUCCGCGUACUGGGAACAAACUAGGACGCUUUACGCACCCUUCGAAUGCACGACAACGAUGAAGUCCGGAAACGCGGACGUCUAUCUCAAUGAGAUUCCCGGCGGCCAGUACACGAAUCUGCAAUUCCAAGCUUACUCGCUCGGCCUGGGCGAGUUCUUCGAGGACGUGAAGAAGGCGUACCGGCAAGCCAAUCUCUUGCUCGGUGAUAUUAUCAAAGUCACGCCGAGCUCCAAGGUUGUCGGCGACUUGGCGCAAUUUAUGGUUCAAAACAAAUUGACCGCCGAUGAUGUCCUGCAGAGGGCCGAGGAAUUGUCGUUCCCUAAAUCGGUGGUCGAGUUCCUUCAGGGCGCCAUUGGUGAACCUCACGGAGGAUUCCCUGAACCUCUGAGGUCGAAAGUUCUCAAGGACAUGCCACGCGUGCAGGGCCGACCAGGCGCGAGUUUGGCAUCGCUCGACUUCGAUGCCCUGAAGAAGGAGCUGAAGGAAUCUCACCCGCACGUCAGCGAAAAGGACGUCAUGUCGGCCGCACUUUAUCCUAAAGUAACGAAUGACUACUUGAGCUUCAAGGAGCAGUUUGGCCCGGUAGAUAAACUGGAGACCAGAAUCUUUCUCACGGGCCCCAAAGUCGGCGAAGUGUUCGAUGUCACGAUUGAGAAGGGCAAAACUCUUGGCAUCAAAACCUUGGCGGUUGCCGAAGAUCUCACGAAAAACGGCGAACGCGAGGUGUUCUUCGAGAUGAACGGUCAACUGAGAUCUGUGUUCAUCAAGGAUAAAGAGGCUGUCAAGGAACUACACGUACAUCCGAAGGCGACGAAAGGUGACAGCAAUCAGUUGGGAGCACCAAUGCCCGGCGAAGUAAUCGACAUCAGAGUAAAAGUGGGCGACACCGUGGAGAAAGGUGCGCCGUUAGUCGUGCUAUCCGCCAUGAAGAUGGAGAUGGUAGUGCAAGCGCCCAGAGCAGGGAAAAUCAAGAGUCUUGAAAUCAACCUGGGCAUGAGAUUGGAAGGAGACGACCUCGUCCUGACAUUCGAAUAGACCCUCGCGCUUGAUGGGGCCGAUCGAAGAUCAAAUUGCGCAAAACACCGAAUAUUUAUUUCGAUAGUGCACGUGGAAGACUAGAUCUUCAACAAUCCUCGUACGAAGUUGAAAUUUUCCGUUCGAUACUAUUUUCAACACUUUGUUAUCGAUGAUCAUCGUCUUAUCCAGAAUCGUCGAUUGCUUGAGCUACCAGAGAUUAUUCAUGGAUUUGUACCAAGCACUGACGAAUUUUUGCUUAAUAGUUUUAUUAAUACUUUUUGAUAAUUCUAUUGCUUCGAAUGUAUACGUAAAAUCGCACAUAUCAAAAUUUCUUAUAAAAACUUAAACACUUUACAUUGAACAAGCUGUUCUGCUUAGUUGAAAAAAAUUAAGUUUAACGUUAAAUUAAUUAUUUGUCCAAAAUGGUUUUUGGUGAGUUUCAUCUCGGAGUAUUGAUUAAAACGUUUGGAACCUCCCAUAUAUAUCAUUUGCUUAUGAUGCAAGUGGCCAAUGUGAUUAAUAUGAUACAAUUAAACGAAGCUGCCUAAGAAAUUAUGGUCAUUAACACCAAAUGUUCACUCUUUUAAAGAGUUCACUUAAAAAAACUUCGACAAUAAUACUACGUAAAAUUUCCUAAAGCAUUCUUAUGAGACCUUUACAGACAAUUUGUAAACGUUGUUACACAUUUGAUUGCGUAAAAGACACAGGCCCGUAUUCCGAAUCCUCUUUUAUCAUGCCUGCAAAAGAUCUUUUCAACCAAUAGAUCUUUCAAAAAGUGGUUGUUUUAUCGAUAACAGGGGAUUCAGAAUAUGGGCUUUUUUUAUAUGUUAAUUGUAACAUAAGUAGGUUUCUAAGAUAAAUAAUUGUGGUCAAUUUAAAAUUGAUGUGGUUAGAAAGUAUUAACCAAAAAUGUUGUUUCAAGAAAUUGUUUUCAGUGCAUCGAUGUGAAUAUGUGUAUAAAUGCACAUUUUGUAUAAAACAAUUAUGUCAAUAUAAUCUGGUUCCUGUUCACGAGCAACGUACAAAAAGGUGGACAAAAGAUCAAGUAUGUUCUUCAGCUCCAUUCUAUAUUAAUUAUAGCGUGUAUAUAUAUAUAUAUAUAUAUAUAAGCGAUUACCCUGGUAAUUUAAUUACAAUAUCGAGCUAAGCCUUCACGAACGAUUUAGCAAGUAUAUAGAAAAAAAUUCAGGGAACGAAGACUAGAAUAUUCCUGAAGAGCCUUGUCUUUUCAAGAUCAAGAUUAAAUGUUACAUCUUUUGAAGGAAAGAAAUUAAUUCGAUUAAAAAUAACUUUGUCUUCACAAACAAAUAAUUAUGAGAAUUAUCCAAGCAUUCUAUAAUUUUACCUAGCGCGCAGAUUUACUGAAAAAUAUAAACAUUAAAGGUGUAACGAAACAUAUAUUUCUACAAAUAUGUAUAUAAUUGUGCCAUAAAUGCGGAUGUAAUAUUUUGAUUAUAAAUGUAUAUUGUAGUUGCAACAUUUGUUAUUGUAAAUGCGACGUUGAAAAAAUAUUUUUAAAAAGCGAAUUUGUAGGCGAAACAAAAAAUUCCCCUCGUUAUGAUAUAACAAAUGUAAUAAAUGUAAAACUAUAUUUUAUAUCUGUUAUGCGAAUAUAUUUUUACCUUAAUCCUUUUGGAAAGUC